AUGGAACCGGUAGGACUGGCCGUCGGGGUCCUGGGCCUUGCUGGCCUCUUCAGCUCCUGCUUGGAAGCCGUCGAAAAGUUCGACUCGUACAAGAAUUUCGGCCGCGAUUCACGUUCCUUGGCCACCCAGUUCGACGCCGACAAGCACCGCUUCGAGCAAUGGGGUCGCGCUGUCGGCUUUGAGAAAGGGAAGUUGGCCGAUCAUCAUCACCCCGCUCUCGACGAUGGGCAGAAAAUGGCAAUAGUGCACAAACUGUUGGCCAGCAUCCAAGACUUUUGCAGUGGCGCAGACGAUUCUUUCAGUCCACAAUCUACGCUGGCAGAUGACAAUUAUCUGAAAGACGGUUUGCUUUAUGCACGGCAGGUUCAGCCUCGCCAUGGCGCGCCUGUGGAUUCGAAAUGGCGGAGGGCGGCUUGGGCGCUGACCGGCAAAACAAAGCGUACCGGCCACGUUCAGACUUUCGCAAUCCUGGUGCAGUACCUGUACAUUGUAGUUCCUCCCGACGACCCAAAGAGUUCACUACCAGGACAUGGAGCGCACAGCUAUGGUCCUGCGCCCCUACACGGUUCAGACCAAAACCCCCUGAUCACUGCUUGA